AUGUCGGUAUUUCAGAUCACGGGCCACGAAAGUUCGUAAGAUGCAAUGUCUAUUCAUAUGCCUUGUCUGUGGUCACAGUAUACAACUUGAAACUGAAAGUGAAUGUUUCAGCAAAAAUUAUGUAAAAAAAUACUUCCUUGUAUACCAAAAUGUUAUUGGUCAAGGGUCAAUCAAAUUUCAAAUGAUUAUACGAAAGAUGGAAGUAGUAAUUCUGAAGCAUCAAAUACAGAUCAAUCUAAACAAGACUCUUCACAAUGUUCAUACAAGACAAAAGAAGUGUUACAUUUACUUGAAGAAGCUGCAACAUUUGAAGGUGUCAAGGAUAAAAAUUGGAUGACAAGUCCAUAUCCUAAAGAUAUCCCACUAAAUUACAAUGAAGAUACGAAAUCAAGUAUUGAUCCAAAAAAUACCUCUGUUUUAUUAUUUCCUGGUCAAGGUACCAUCAAAGUUGGCAUGGUUAAAAAAUAUAUGGAUUAUCCUGGUGCUAAAGAACUUUUUCAAAUAACUAGUGAAAUAACUAAUUAUGAUUUAUUGAAACUUUGUUUGAAUGGCCCACAAAAGGAAUUAAAUCGAACUGAAUUUAAUCAAGUUGCUACAGUAGUAUCAUCUUUGGUCGCAUUAGAAAAAAUUCGAGCAGAAGAUCCUAAAGUGUUUGAAACUUGUGUUGCUACAGCAGGUUAUAGCGUGGGAGAGAUAACUGCUUUGAUUCUUUCUGGUAUUAUAACUUUUGAAGAUGGAAUUCGAUUAGCAUGGACUAGAGGAAAAGCUAUGCAAUAUGCAUCAAAUUUAGUGCGUCAGGGAAUGUUAUCCGUAGUUUAUACGCCAAAAACACAUCUUUCAAAAGCAUGUACUGAAGCAGAAAACUGGGCAAGGGACAUAGGUAUUGAAAAUCCAAUAUGCAGGACUGCUAUUUUUCUAUGUACAGAAAGAAAAAUAGUAGCAGGAAAUGUAGAAGCAUUGGAUUAUCUUGAAAAUCAUAAAACACAAUUUGGUCUAACUAAAUUGUCCAGAUUACCUGUAUCAGGAGCAUUUCACACACCAUUGAUGGAACCUGCUUUAAAGGCAAUUGGUAAAAUAUUGGGUUCAAUAGAGAUAAAUGAACCUAGAUGUAAAGUAUAUUCUAAUUAUAAAGCUAAGCCAUAUACUAACUUACGAUAUGUGAAAAAAUACAUAUUGAAACAAACUGUAUCACCAGUCAGAUGGGAACAAUGUUUGCAACAGAUAUACAAUAGGCCUGACGGAACACCAUUUCCUCAAACAUACGAUGUAGGGUCAGAUGGAAGAAUGAGAACCAUUUUAAAAUUAGUUAAUGCAAAAGCAAGUAGAUCAUGUACUGUAAUUUAAAAUAUACUCAAAAUCUCGUUUUUAAUAUAUAAUUUUUCCUCAGUUUUCGUUUUAUUUUCUCAUUUAUUAAUAUGUACAUAAUGUUAAAAGAAUUAUAAAUAAAUUUGUAAAAU